AUGAAGGUCCUCAGCAAGGAAGAGGAGGAAGCCCACUACAAGGUCGUCGUCAAGGGCGGCCUCAUUGGCGGUUCCCUCGGUCUGGGUGUCGGUCUCGCGGGUGUCAUGAUCGCCUCGAGGCGCUACCAGUCCUUCCGCUCGUUGACCCUUCCCUUCCGUUCCUUCCUUGUCACGUCGUCGGCGACCUUUGGAGCCAUUGUCAACGCCGACCGCGCAUCCAUCCGCUUCGGCCACGAGAAGGACCCCAUGUUCGGUUACCAGGACGCGACGGCGCGGGCUGUCGCCGAGGCCAGAGCCAACGAGACGUCGAUGCAGAAGUUCACCGCGUGGGGCCGCGAGAACAGAUACUCCAUCGUCUUCACCUCGUGGCUCGCCUCCAUGGGUGUCGCCCUCGCCCUCGUCAACCGUAACAAGUACCUGACCGGCGCUCAGAAGCUCGUCCAGGCUCGUGUCUACGCCCAGGCUCUGGCCCUCGUGAUGCUCGUCGUCACCGCCGCCUUUGAGAUGAACGACGUCAAGACCGGCUCCGGCCGCUGGGAGACGGUCAUGAUCAUCGACCCCGAGGACCCGGAGCACAAGCACCUGAUCGAGAAGAAGAUCCACAAGGAGGAGUACGAGGGUCAGGACCUGUGGAAGGACAUGGUCGCUGCCGAGGAGCGUCGUAUCGCUGCCCGCAAGGCUGCGGAGCAGAAGUAA